AUGCCGCCGCCUGAUCACGGCGGGUACGGCCUUGGCCUCUCCUCUGGCGGUGCCACGGCGUCGGAUGUCGGCGCGCAGUUCGCGGGGAACAACCUGCUGCUCGCCUCCCUCGCCGGCCAGCUCUACGCGUCUGCUUACGCGCAGCCGCCGCCGCCGCCGCCGCAGGGCGAUCACCUCGGCACCAGGACGCCACCGGAGGAGGAGAUGGACGGCGGCUAUGGCCACUCCGGUGCGGUCACCCUCGCCUGCCACGGCCAGUCGGAUGCUCGUGCCAUGGCUCCCUGCUCCGUUUCUUCCUCGGACAGCAUGGCGAGCAGCACCGACCAGUUCUCGCCUGGACCGAGCCGCUCCGCCGUGACGCACACGAGCAGAGCAGAGCCGUCGCAGCAGCAAGGGUACUUCCAGCAGCCGCAGCAGAGCUUCUGGCCGGUGCAUUUCGCCGUGGUGGUGGCGCGUUCGCCGUACGCGCCGGUGGCGCAGCGGGCGCUCAACAACGCCGUCAGCCACGUGCUGCACGGCGUCGCGGACGCCGACGCCGACGACCCGGACGUCAGCGGCGCGUCGAGCUGCUCCGCUGUGGGCCUCGGAGACCAGUCCAUGGCCUCUCUCGAGGAGCGUUCGCACGGGCACGGCGGCGCGCGGUGGGGCGAGGCUCACAGGGUCAGGAACGAGCUCAUCAACCUGCUUCAGCUCAUGGACGAGAAGUACUACCGAUGCCUGGAGGAGAUCCAGAGCACGACGGCCAAGUUCAGCGGCCUGGUGCAGCCGUCGGGCAGCAGCGGGGGCAGCAUCUGCGCGCCGUUCGCGCACCGCGCCGUGUCGUCGGCGUACCGCGCACUGAAGCGGCGGAUCACCGGCGAGAUCAUAGCGGCGGAGGGAUGGCCUAGUCACCCCCACCCCCACCGCGCGGAAUCCUCGAUGAUGGUCUCUGGCGUGAAGAUGGAGGAGAGCGGCAGCUGGGACGAGUCGGCGUUCAUACAGAAGCACCUGGUGCCGCGGCGCCGCGCGCUGCCGCACCAGGACUGGCGCCCGCAUCGCGGGCUGCCGGAGAGGAGCGUGUCCGUGCUCAAGGCCUGGCUGUUCGAGAACUUCCUCCACCCGUACCCGCAGGACAGCGAGAAGGACAUGCUCGCAGCCAGGACCGGCCUCACCAGGAACCAGGUGGCGAACUGGUUCAUCAACGCUCGAGUUCGGCUAUGGAAGCCGUUGAUCCUGGAGCUGCACGAGGAGCUGAAGAGGAGCUCGGGUCGAGUGGAUGGUCCGGCACCGCCGGCGAUGGAGCACAUGAGCAGCCAAUACGUUGUGGGCUGAGAAUC